AUGAAUUCAGCCAACUCCACCGACGGGUUUGACCCAUCCGCUGCCGGCCAUGACACGUUUGUCUUUAGCCUGUAUCAAUACACCCCGUCGCUCCCAGCAGCUAUUAUCGCGGUCUCCCUCUUCGGUGCCCUCACCGCAUACCACGCAUGGCUGGUCUUGCGGCAUCGAUCUCUGUAUUUCACAGCCUUCACCUUAGGCGGUCUCUUCCAAGCUCUCGGUUAUACCGGCCGCAUCUGGUCACAUUUCGACACCACGGCCCUCGGCGGGUUCAUCAUCCAGGCGAUCCUGAUUCUCGUCGUCCCCGCUCUCUACGCAGCCUCCAUCUACAUGAUUCUCGGCCGUCUUGUCCAUGGCCUCGAUGCUGAAGCCCUGUGCGUUAUCCCUCGUGCUUGGAUGACCAGGAUCUUCGUCACCGGGGAUGUAAUCUCGUUCGUCAUGCAGGCCGGCGGAGGUGGCAUUCAAUCAGCUGGCAGCUUGGACAUGUACGAACUUGGUGAAAAAAUCAUCAUUGUGGGCCUUUUCGUGCAAAUCGUCGUCUUCAGCAUCUUCAUCGUUAUUUCCCUCACUUUCCAUCGCAAUGUUGUUGUCCGCCCGAGUCUCCCCUCCCUGUCCCGCAUCCCCUGCUGGAAGCGUCACCUUUACGUCCUCUACGCUGCUAGCUUCCUCAUCCUAGUCCGAAGCAUUUUUCGCGUCAUCGAGUACCUCCAGGGAAAUGGCGGCUACCUGAUCUCGCACGAGGCCUUCCUUUACAUCUUCGAUACCCUCCUAAUGGUUGCUGUCAUGGUCAUCCUCGCCAUCUGGUAUGUCGGCGAUCUUGAGCAUAGUUCCGACUUGUCCCGUGAUACCAAAACCGAAGGUGAGGGCUUAGGUCCCUAUACCUAUGUCGAAAGUGAUACGGAUAGCUACCAACACCUACCUGUCGAGAUGCGACGGAUCGUCUGA